CACCCAACCUGUCUUCUCCAUUAAGCAACAAUACAAGAGAGGCAAACAUCAAAUAUUCAUAUUCCUCCACCUCUCACCCACUUUAUUCGCCCUAUUUCUUUCUCCACCUUCCAUCCUCAAUCCACCCUUUAUUAACAUUUUAUUCACUAAAAAAAAACUCAAUUUAUUUCUCACUUUCUCAAAAUCCACCUUUCUUUUUUCCUACAGCCACCGCUGAUUGGCAAAACAAAGCCAUGGCGCCCCGUUUCUGGACCUGUUUCGGAAACAAGGGGAGUCGAGACAGCGCAGCAGACGGCGGCAGCAUGACAUCCGAUGUAACAACAGAAGAACAAAGACGUGGCGGACCAGUGAUGGUUGAGAUGUUUUCAUCACAAGGAUGUGCAACAUCACCGGCGGCGGAGCUGGUGUUGUCAAGGUUGGGUAGAGGUGAUUUUCAGCUUGAAAUGCCGGUAGUUGUGUUGGCAUUCCAUGUAGAUUAUUGGGAUUAUAUGGGAUGGAAGGAUCCUUAUGGAUCAAGUCAAUGGACCGUAAGACAAAAAGCUUAUGUUGAGGCUCUAGGGCUUGAUACUUUGUUAACUCCUCAAGUUGUGAUUCAAGGUGUGGCUCAUUGUCUUGGAAAUGAUGAUACUGCUAUUGUUGAUGCCAUUCAAAAUGCUCUUAGAUACCCUGCUCCUACGUUCCAGGCAACUUUCACAAAACCUACACAAGAUUCUUUGCAAGUGUCACUAACCGGAGCAUUGAGGAGUAAAGUCGACAGCAACGGUGUGAAUGUCAUGGUCGCCUUAUACGAAAAUGGUUUAGUUACCGAUUGUCCAAGAGGGGAGAACAAAGGCCGUGUUCUAUCAAAUGAUUUUGUCGUUAGAAAGCUCGAAAAACUCUGCACUGAAAAAGACAUAUCUGCCAAGAAGACAAUAACAGGAACUGUUAAUUUUCCAUUGUGGGGAGGAUUCAAUAGCAGCAAAUGUGGUGUAGCUGUCUUUGUUCAAAGCCCUUCUCACCAGAUUUUUGGUUCACAGAGUUUUCACCUACCGGAUGAUAUAUGAUAUGAUUUUUGUAGUAAAAUUUGUCAUUAGCACGACACUCCUCGGAUUAGGCGUGUCCCGGUGUCGGACACGUGUCGUGUCCCGGUCAGUGUCCGUAUCCGUGCUUCAUAGGUUCUGCAUAUUCUAUCAUAUUUCAGUUA